CCCCAAAACUUGAUCAAAAUGAACUAAAAGGUGAUAUUCGGAAUCAGCACACUUUCUUCUAUCAGAAUAUGUAUGUUUCGAAUCCAAAUAAGAACCUGAGUAAACUUUGAAUUACGCGCGCCUUACUUUUCAGAAAAGUAAUACAAAAGAUUUUUUUCAAAAAUAUAUUCAAAGGAUUUCCUAACGUGUUUUUGGAUGAAUAGUGAGGUAUUUAUAAGAACGAAGGUUUUUUGAGGAGUUUCUGGAUUAUGGCUUCAAGGUACUAUCAGCGAUCAUUUAUAACUCAAGUCUAAUUAAAAUAUCUAUGAAGUAUUUCCUUGUUGAAGUUCUAUGCUCUAAAGUAAGGAAUAAUGCCGAAGUAUACCCCAAUAUACAUAAAAAGGACGACUUUUUAGGGGAUUAGCAACAACAGGUAUAUCGUGUUUCAUAGAUCGUGUUCGUGAAAAUUUUUUGAUUUCAUCACGAGAGUAACAUUUCGAUGUACAGUGGGUAACAAACUUAUUGGCCCACCUUGCACAUUUCUUUUAUUAGAGAGGAAAGCUGCUGGAAAUUUUUUGAUUUCAUCGCGAGAUAGCCCUUAGUUUGUUGUAUAUUUUCUGUAAAAUUCAGGUUCUUAUGCGUCGAUUUUUGGGAAUUUUUCUCGUGAAAAUAACCGAAUUUUUAACGCUAGAAAGCGAGUGUCAAGUGUGUAGUUAACUUCUGUAUUAUCUGGUCCCAUUUUUAUUUUUUCAUGAAUUAUUUUGGGAUACAUAUCGUUUGAUAGAGCGUUGUUUGCGGUACAAAGUGGACUAUUUUUUAUUUGAAACAGGCUCCGGAAGUACCUCGAAAGAGAGAUUUUUCUAGAAGGCACUUAAUUUUCAGAGCAUGUGUCUGGUAAACGCGCUUUUCUCUAUUCGGCUCGGCCAAGAGUGACGGGAUGACAUUUUUUCGUCUUUCGCUACCUCUAUUUGCCAAACCACGCAAUAGUUUAGGUUGAAAAUGUGUUUGCUAAUGUAAGUCUACUAGUUCUCUCAGCUCUGAUAAUUCCGGCUUAAUUGAUUGCAUUGAUCAAAAGUUAGAGCACUCUGUUCGAAUAUUAACUUGUUAAUGUUUUCUUUUACAAAAUUGUGUAAAAUUGACAUUUAGAAUAUGUGAACUGUAUCAAUUGGGAAAGUUUAUUUUUAAAACUUAUGGUUUUAUAACUCAACAGCAAGCAUUAUUAUUCAUUCAGGAUUUGAAACUUGGUCAUUAUAUGAAAAUUGCUCCACGUGUUUUGUUUACCUCUCAGAUUAUUGCUACUGUAAUCAGUUGUUUUCUCGGUUAUAUAGUGUCUAUUUAUUUAAUGAAUCAUAUUCAAAAUAUUUGUGCGACAGACAAUUUAGACUAGGGUUGUCCAGACAUACGUACGUCGUUUUCAGCUUCGCUUAUUUGGGGUGUUGUUGGCCCCUCUCGAAUGUUUAUCCAUGUGAAAAAAUUCCCACAUACGAUAUGGCUUAUGUAUCAUCAUCUGCUCUAGAUUGCGGUGUGACAUUUAGUGCUCUGGUCAUCUUUGUAGCAUUACAAAAUCAAAAUAUUUCAUUUCCAUCAUGGUGGGGAACCGGUGGUGUUUAUCAUGAUGGAUGUCCAUUAUCGCAGGCGACUUUUAAUGAUUCUUUUCCGUAA